AGCCAACACUAGUCAUUUCAAUCCACACGAAGCGUUUGUUUUCGCCACUCAAACCGUAGCGCAAACUUUCUUGCCGGGGCUGCCACGAUAUUACGCGCUUUUGUAUUAGGUUACUGCCGAGCUCAACGAUGAGUCGACGCCAAACGCCCAGCGAAUUUUUGAAGCAAAUUAUUGGACGACCUGUUGUCGUCAAGUUAAACUCUGGUUUGGACUACCGAGGUGUUCUCGCGUGUCUUGAUGGCUAUAUGAACAUUGCUCUUGAGCAGACCGAAGAAUAUGUCAAUGGUCAGCUGAAAAACAAGUACGGCGACGCUUUCAUUCGAGGGAACAACGUUCUGUACAUCAGCACACAGAAAAGGAGGAUAUAAAGAUGACAAUCAUGGUCCAAGAAGCCUGCAUUUGCUGAUUUAUGGCAUUUGCUGUACAAUGUGCAAAUAUUCAUCCAUGCCAACAAUUUUUUUUUUCGUAGCUGGUCCAUGCAUGAUUGCAGCUUACAACCUAUGAUAAGACAAUACAGAAAGGAGGGAAGACUUCAUCUGCAAGUUGCCAGCGCACCGUUAUAAUAUGUUAUAACUGCAGUAAUUGAUACAGCUGGAAAUUGCAGCCUGCCAUUUCAUGAGGACUGUUUACCAGAAUGCUUUUUUUUUCCUUUUUUUUUUCCUCCCCACUGCAAGGUAAUUGUUACACUUUCAACAUGACCAUUGUUUUGUGUUUUUUGCUGAAUAGCUGUUGAAUUAAAAUUUGACAUGAGCACUAUGUACUGAGGUGCAAGUAAAGCAGUUUCAGUCACA